AAGCCCGCAUGACCGAGUUCACGGCGCCCGGCCCAGACAAGAAGAGUAUUUCUCCUCACCUUAAGCAGAUGCACCUUGCAAAAGGAAAACUUGCCGAUUGGGGUGGUAACUUAACAGCGGUGGAGUACUUCUUCCUGAACAAGACAGACGAAGAUGUAAAGGCUUACUUCAGCUGCGGCAACCCAUUGGAUGACUGGAACGACCAUCUGCAUGGAGGCUUCUUGGAGCACUUGUCGAGGCUCGGCCAAAUGUAUGCCUGCAACGUGAAGGAACACAAAAAGAAGGAGCUUUUUGCAUUUCCAGUCCUGGGCUCGGAGCCUUACUUCGACUUCAUUUCAGACAAAACAUACGUUCCCUACGGAUUCACAAUGCCACCAAACUUCCAUCCCUACGUCCCGGGCAUCUUCCACCACAACGCUCCAGCCUUGUACUUCAAGAUUAUUUCGGAAGUGUUCAAGAUGAUACUCGCCAGAGUAUUCCCGCCUACCAAGAAGGAUCCAGAGGGGAAGCCCGUGUUCGACGGCAUCGAUUGCUUCCGCAAGCUUGUUAACCCCAAAAGCAAGAACAAGACUGGCGCUACACAGAUCUUCAUCGACUCCGUGGCCGUGCCAAUGGCAUACACGAUGUACAGGAGCGUCUUGAAUCACGCCAAGUGGGAUGUGACCAAACAGGCUAGAGUGUCCUUGAUCCCGUUCUUCACUGAAGGACAGUACUUCUUCAUCCAAGCGGCACAGUCCCGGUGCGAGCACCUGGACGUUGACCCGAAGAUCGCAUACCUGAGAGCACGGGGUGGAGCGACUCCAGCCGAUAAGGUCAACCUUCCUUUCGCCAAGAACAACCCGCUCUUUGCCAACCGAUUCGGCUGCGCCAAGGAGCGGCCCAUGUACGCCAGUGGCGCCAUCUGCAAGGGUCCAGCGAAGCCUCUGAAGCGGGAGACCGAGAAGGAGUACCCCGGGGUUUACCUCUAAGCCUGACGCCUCGUAAUAAAGGUCUCCUG